AUGUUGUUCGGGUGGAAUAUCAUUGCUGCUUCUAUAGCAAUAAAUAUUGCGCUUUCCAUCCCAACCAUCGACUAUCCUCUUAAUUCCCAAGUACCCCGAAUCGCCAGGGUUUCGGAACCUUUCUCAUAUACUUUCCCCAAGUCAACUUUCUCCUCGAGUCUUCCCAUUUCGUAUCAACUUACUGGACCGAAAUGGCUCUCUCUCGAUAACGAAACUCGCACAUUAUCAGGGACGCCAUCUGAGAAGGAUGUUGGGACGGACACAUUGACAGAGGUGGUAAUUGGCCUUACAGCUAGCGACUCUUCGGGACCAGUUACACUGAGUGCAACACUGAUAGUCUCGAAAAACCCAGCGCUGGCUGUCAACAUUCCACUUUCAAGUCAACUUCCUUCAUUUGGAACUUUUUCGGUUCCCUCAACUUUGUCAUACCAUCUGACUACCCCUUUCAAAUUUUCAUUCGACCCGAACACUUUUUCGAGCGAUGGCAAAGGCAAUACACUCAAAUACUACGCAGCCACAGACGAUCAUACACCAAUACUGUCCUGGGUGAAAUUCGAUGGGAGUACCUUGACUUUCAGUGGCCAGAGUCCAGACUAUGCCUCAUUGAUUCAACCCCCGCAGACUUUUGGCAUUAUGCUUAUUGCCUCGGACGUAGACGGAUUCGCUGGUAAUUCGAUGGUUUUCGACCUUACGGUUGGCCCUCAUCAACUAUCUUUUAGCAAUACGUCAAUGGUUUUGAAUGCGACUGGAGGAAAUACCGUUGAUUUUGCUGGUCUUGCAGAUAACCUUCAACUCGACGGGCAAACCGCAAAUUCCACAUCCAUAAAAAGCAUUACGACCGAUACCCCAUCGUGGCUCGAAUUCGAUAAUUCGACAAUGAAGAUAUCGGGAACAGCUCCACCACAUGUGGUACCAAAGAACCUCACAGUACAUGCCGAAGAUAUCUAUGGGGACAGCGCGAAUGCAACGAUACUACUGCAAGUCGAAGAUUCCAUAAUCAGCAAAGAGAUACCCGAGUUGAACGCGACAAUUGACUCGGAUUUCAAGUACGACCUGAAUAUAUAUUUGAGCGACCCUUCCGAUGUCACGGUUGACCUCAAAACAGACCCUUCCCAGACUUGGAUACAUUUGGAUACAAAGGUUGAAUUGGCGGGUCAUGUACCUGAAGAUACAAAACCUGGUGAUAUUGAUAUUUCUAUUACAGCCACCUCAAAGGUCUCUGGAGCAUCAGAAACACAGACCUUUAAGUUUGUAGUUGCUGCUCAGCUCGAUUCUUCUGGAACUUCAACAAAAAUCCCAGGAGCAAGUCCAACCACAAACCUAUCUCAGACCGCUAGUGAAACUGCCUUUGGAGGAUCUACAAACAGAAAGCUUAGUAGAGGAGCAAUUCUCGCGAUGGCAAUCACAAUUCCCCUAGUGGUUCUUCUCGCUCUUCUCGCCUGCCUCCUCUGCUAUUGCAAAAGACGUCGAGAUGCGAAAAAACGUCCGGCAAGUAUCACCAAAUCGGAUAUAUCAGCACCUAUCGAAUCUCAUUCCAGCGUUGAAGAAAUUGUACUACCACCUCCUGUGGCCGCUCCUCCACCUCUUGAGCUUGAUACUUGUACGUCCCUUGAUAACAACUCCAUACAUGGACUUACAACGAACGAAAAACACGAAUCAUGGCGAUAUUUCCCAAGAAAGUCAAGUCCACCCCAAGACCGGAGGAUGAGAAGAUCGCAGACGAUAUCAGGGGAUGGGGUCGAUCGAAGGUUGCAAGUGAUGUCAGGUGCGAUUAGCAUCACUGAUGACCCGCCAGGUGAGGUUAAAUCGAGUGUGAACAGGGUCCGUUCAUAUUCAGAGAAUGCUUUGACGAAAACUGAGAACUCGAGUUGGAGAUCUACACAAGAGAGCGCAUCUCAUCAAACUUUAAGGUCGUCUCGCACAAAUUCAUCGCAGCUUUUGGGGAGGACAUAUUCAAAUUACUCUCGGAAAGGUCAUAAACGUCGAUCGGCGCACAUUUUGGAGCCAGUAGUAAUUGGAGAUAGAGAGGAGAGCAAUCCAAAUGUCGCAGUACUCGCUCACUCCUCGCCUCCUCCUACUCCACCUCCACAGCCUCGAACACUACAAUACCUCGACACCCCAUCUCAGCCACCCCAAACAACUCAAUACCUUGAUUUUGUGAAAAGAGAGUCAAGUAUUCUUGGGUUAAGUGGAAGCGAUAUAUCUGCCAGUCCACUCGACAGUUUCUCAGCGCUUGGAAAAAAGCCCAUUUCACCAGAACCAGAAAUCAUAUAUGUUCCCGAGGGAACAAACAACAGUCAAGUGACAAGUCGAACAACCCGUCGGCAGUCCCGAAUGUUUCCUGGAUUUGAAGGGCGGAGAAGAACCGCUCAUGGUCACGGUCACGGUGUACAUAGAUCCAUCUCCUCCAUCUCCAGCAAAAGCAAUAAGCGACGAAGUAGUGGUCACGGUCAAGUCUGGACCACCAACACGAAUCUCAACCACAACCUAGGCCAUAACCCAAGUCUAGCCCGAAACUCCAAAACAUGGAAAACAGUAGCCACGUCCUCGAAUCAAACCGAGAGACCACCAAGUACAAGUAACGUCAGCGCUCUAUCCGAGUAUUCAUCAACAUAUUCCGCAUCACCUCCUUUUCGAUCAGCUAUGCACAUGGGCAUCCGCCAGGUAACAGGAUCCCCAGAAGUCCAAGAUGUAGCCCGUCUUGGCUCGAAGAGUAGUUCAAGAAACUCCCGUCCGGUAUCUAGACGCAUAGGCUCGUCGCCCUUCUUCGGGGGCGGCUCCAUGCGCUCCAACAACCGCGACUCUCGCUACGCACCACCACGCAACCGAACCUCCUACGCCGACUCGCCCACCGUCCCCGAAGAACUCCCCGAAGAACCCCCAUCUUCCCAUCCUUCGAACACACCCUGCACAACACGCUCGUUGAGGAGCCCCGAGACUCCUUUGGGAUCUCCUACGGCAUGGCCAGGGAAUCAACGCGCGAACCCACGCUUCUACAUCCAAGACCAGGACUUCGGGACGAGGGACAGCGCCAAGAGUUUAGAAAGUAGAGAUAGUAGGUUCGAGUCCGCGAUAGAGUUCUCACGUUCGCCAACCAUGGACCUCACAUCCCCCUCUCUGGGCCAGCACAAGCAAAAAGAAGACUCCUACGAAGACUUCCUGCCGGAUGAUUACUCCGAUGGCAGCUGGGAGACACAGGCUGAUAUUCGGGUGGAUUUAGCGAACGUGACGCUCCAUGGGGACCCAUCGUCCGAGCUUGGUGGUCCGGAGGCGGAAACCGAGUUGACGGCGCGAAUGGGCUGGUCGGGUCGUGCGAAUGUGGUUCCGGGGGAGAGCUCGCGAUCGAGGACCGCGGAGAAGAGUAGGAGUUUUGCGCCGGAAGGGGGGAGAGGGAGGGAUGUGGGAGGGGGUCCUGGGCCGAGGAUUCUGAAAGGUGCGAGGAGGCCGGUUAGUGUUGGUGCGGUGAAGAGUGGGUUGAAGGGGAGUGUGAGGGGGAGGAUUGAGGGGGAUAAAUCGGAGGGAGAGGGGGAGUGGGGUGCUUUUAUUUGA